UAAAAGAGGAAUUUAUUGAAUGAGCAAUUUAUCUGAAAACAAUGCAUCAGGAUGGUGUCAAUGGCCUGGUGCUGUUGAUUUAUCACGUGUGAAUCGAACAUUACCCACUUCUCUUCAACAAGAUUCGAACAAUUCACGCGUUACACGUCGCGGUUCUUUUCGAAAUUUUUCAAAUAUGAAAAUGUUUCGAGGUAUGCAAACGGAACCCAACGUUUGUUUCCAAAAAAAAGUUCGAAUUCUUUUUACGUGGAAGCCUCCAGCUUUAUCUGCGUCGGAAGUAGAGAAUUCGUCGAAUGAACAAGACAAGCAUGACCUGAAUUUGAAUAAAAAUGAGUUUUCAAAUGUCGUUUUACUUUACGGUGUUCCCUGGUGGAUGACAGACUGUGAUGUGAGAGAACUAGCAUCAGUGUACGGGCACGUGAGAGCCGUUCGGGUCUUAGGUGAUUUUUUAACGGGGGCAUCGACUGGUUUAGCUUUAUUUGAAUACACAAAAAAAAAUUCUUUUAAAAAUUUAAUUGCUGAUCAAGGAUUAAGGUUGAAAUCUUUUGGCGAUACAAGUCUUUGUAACAUUCAAUUCCAUAUUCUCACGACAAAAUUUCUUACCGAUAUUCUGAGUGUAUCAAAAGACGAAUCUUCGCACUGGUCGUUUGGAACUUUUUUCGAUUCGAAAGUGUAUGAAGCCUUAAACAGUUUAGUACAAGGUAGUCAAGACACCGCGUUUAAUGUUAAUGAGACGAUGGACCACACACUGGAAAGAGAGAAGGUUUGCAUUAAGGAAGAAAAACGACCGUUGGUGAAAACUUGUCAUUCUCCAGUGGUUGUUCAAGCGCAACAAAAAAUUCAGCCUUUAUGCAAACAUAUUGCUGUCCAAACAGAGAUUUAUUUAACCCAAAUGCCGGCUUCCUCAGACCAGUGCAAAGAAAAAAAUCAAGAGAUUAACAAGAAAGCAAAAUUUAUGUUUCCCUUUGCUGCAGCAGCGGUCGUCGCUCGGGUGUUGCGGGAUGAAUUAAGUGAAAACAGUUUAUCGAACAGAAAUUCUUAUGCGAAUAAUUCCUGUUUCGAUUCUUCAAAACAUAACAAUGAAGAUACUUUUGAUGAAGAGAUGUUGGAUAGAAUCGAUAAAACCAAAAUUCCAUUUUGGGGAGCUCCUUUGAAUGCAAUGAUUCGUUUACCUGCACCGAUGCCUUCCGCUUCUUCAGAGGUCAUGAGCUCGACGGAUGCUAUUUAUAAAAUGUAUCCGGAGGCUUCUAUGAGACCAAGACAUGGUAUGAAUCCAGAAGGCUUUCCUGUGUGGGGACCGUAUGCACCUGGAGUACCAACGUUACUUGAUGUUCAGCCCGCUACGCCGUUUCCUAUGCCUAUGAACCCAUGUCCCUAUGUUUCCCCAGAUAAUGGCUCAGCACAUUACCCUCCUUACAUGUAGUCAAGAAACAGUACCUACUUGAGUAAACUGAAUUGACGACAAUUGUGUCUUACUAAGAUGUCUCCUUUUUUCUUUUUAAACUAGUUAAAAAAAUUGUUAAUGAUCAAUAUUUUAUAAAGCGAUUCUGUAUGAAUGAACAUGAUAACAUAUUAAAGAACAUUGGAUUUCAAUAUGUCACCAAAAGA